CUCUAUUGUCAUUGCCGGAAUCAUACUGUCUGUCAUAGCCCACUCAAUUAACGCGAUGCUAGUGACUGGUGAUGACUUGAUUGGGAAUCUGAAUUUUUCUUCGUCGCGAUAGAUGUUGAUUUGGUACCGAAUUGACGUAUUCUGAAUCAAAACCAUUGUUCUAGCAGCACUGACGUCAGUGUAGAGCAACCGCGAUUCGUGGAUAUAUUCCCCAGAAACUUGAUACCCCCAUUGUAAGGAGCGAGUUGCCAAAGAUCGCGCGUGUGUUGGGGCCCUCGUCAUCAAUAAGUGUGUCUACAAAAUACCCAGUCGAUUUCUAUAGAAAUCUUGACUAUAGCCGCCAUGACCUCAUCCAGGUUUUCAAUCUGAAAUCGACCCUCCAGGCGAUUGAGUGGUGCCAUGAUGUCUCAUUAUCAUCUCGCCAAUCCUACCAUCCUUCGAAAUCAACGUCCACAAACGAUAAGAUCUUGUGGGGUCACCACAUCCACUUUUUAACCUUUCCUAUCGAAUUAUUUACAUCGGAAAGUUGCAUCGAUGUAUUCCCGCUCCCAUUUCCUCUCGCUUCCACGCGAACUUCGCGACAUGAUAUAUAAGCACUAUGCGGCGAUUCCUGGCGGUUACCUAUACGACUUCGAACGCAGAAAAUUUACUACUAUGGACCACGAGCCUGUCGACCUCGCGCUUGGAUAUACCUGUACUCUCGUGGCACGUGAGAUGUGGCCUAUCCCGCUGAGUUGCAACACCCUAACUUUCACAACGGUUUAUUCAGAAGAGCUCCGCCUGCGCGCUGGGCUUUUUGAUGUCAUCCUCGAAAAGCAGUACUGUUUGCAGAAGGCGAUGCUAAAGAAGGCUGCUUCGCAGGUGACUAAUGAGCUUGAAAACGAAUUCUCCCAGUCAUAUCCAGAGUUUGCGGAAUUUACCAAAGACUGGAAGGCUCUUGACGAUCCAAACGUCAAAAAUUGGAGAAAGCAUUUUUUGCGCGCAAUGUGUUAUUGGGCAGAUGCACGAUCACGUACACGUCAAAUCAACCGCGGCAUUGUGCAAAAGCUUGCAAGUCUCCCCGGGUUCUCUGCCCCACCGUUGUUAGAUAUCCUGGAAGAAUUCAACAUUGAUGCCUUAAAAGAGAUAGUAACCACAGAAUUGAUGUCGUGGCAUAUACCAAGUCGUAGUGAACUCCGUCGCCUGGCGAAUUUACUGGACGAGGACCCCGCCGGAGACGAUCAUCGACGUCCACCUCUACAGCCAUUCAACCGUGAACUUGGACACGACCAGCCAGACGUACACUGGAGGUCUCAGAGAUGGAACCCUGACGAUCUUUCCAAAUGGCGCUUUUCAGCCGCUUCUGCAGCAAUCCACUUCCUGGGUUCACUCUCUUGGUCUCAACGCUCUCACAUCCGCGAGAUAGUACUGGUUGAAGACUACGAGGCAGUGGCAUACCCCCAGUCCCAUGCCCUUGGACUUAUACCGUUUUGCCAAGAAAAUAAACGUCUGCACAUAGAUCGUCGUGUUCAUAUAUGGAAAAAUAUGCUGAUGCAGGAGUCUGCAUGCAACCAGUCGUUGUACGAAAGGGUAAGGUACUCAUCGGAACUGAUCGACUUGAGAUAUGUCGCGAGGAGUUCAUUCUCCCCUUGCCCAACGCCAGAGAGUGCCUCUCAGCCAUUCAGAUGUGUACAGGACCAAGCUUUUAUCCAAAAAUGUUUCAAAGAGGCUGUGAAACGUAACCUUCCUCAGCCUGAUGCGAUUUGCGACAACAUACGCCGGGUACAUAAUUCAACAUUCAUUACAGCUGUUGAGGAAACCACCACAGGCAAAUCCAGUCGAAUUCGUUGCAAUUUCGAUACAGAGAUAGACCCAGGGGAGACAUUUGAUAUCGAGGGGACCAUUGAACGCCAUCGUGGUUAUAGUUUCUCAGAUUGGUACAGGUGUGUGCGCCGCUUGCGCAGAGGCGAAUGCCAGACAGACACUGUUCCGCCUCUACCAUCCUUUAUAGAGAUUCGCAAAGAGAGUACCCUCUGGGAUGAAGAGUACGAAAGGAAGUUGGAAGAACGCAUGCAGAAAAGGAGAGAUCUCCACAACAAGUUCCAGAACAAGCAGUUUGCGGUCGCAAACGAUCCCCUCAAGACUAGCGAGUACGAAGAGCUGGAACUACAAAGACUUGAAGCAGUGCACAACUUCGAGUUGGAGGUGCCCAAAAUUCCCACCGGAUUCAACAAGUUCUGGCUGGAAGAUCCCUGA